CUGCCUUUUUCACUUUUUUUUUUGCUUACAUCCACUUUAAAACGCGUCACGUAUAGGAUUGCUUUGUUUCGAACAAGCACUCAGUAAGAUAACGUGAGUCGUUCUAAAGACAAUGUUUGCAGCCCCCAUCUGCGGCUGUGCACAGCAUCUCAAUCACCCGGUCCAUCCCUUGGCCGUAAACGAUUGCCUUCGGGAAACUUGGCUCGAUGCUGCUCUUCCCGUCAUCUUUUUACUGUUUUCUGCCAUCAUUAAUACAUGUCGACGAUACCGCGAGUGGCGCAAUGGAUUCUUCCGUUUGCCAGAAAACGACACGGACGGAUUACGCUUACCUCUUGCUCGUCCUUACGUUCUUUUACGUCGAAGCCUUUUGUUGCUCGUGUUUUGUUUGCUCGAAAUAAGCUGCUGGGCAUUUUUAUUUGCCUGGCGGUUGGAAAGUGCGAUAUUGGAGCGAGAUAAUGCAGAAUUACACAGCAGUAAUGAUGCAUGCAGCACCCCACUCUACCAAGUCAUUGAUCCCUCCGUCGCGCUCAUCGCAAGGAUUUACGUACUUGUAUUGGUGAUCAAAUCGUUUACUACCCCCGCCGAUCCAGUCAUUUUGUCAAAGUUGACAGUCUACAAUCCUCACUUUCUCGUCUUUUAUUCGCUUGCCUUGUUGUCAGCCGUCGCACGCAUCUUUUCAUACUUUGUUAUCGGAUCUCAAACGGAAUGGCUCACCUCAUCCACCAUUGAAAAAUCGUUUGCCAUCAUUGAUCUCGUGAUCUGUAUUAUUCUGUGGUUUGUCAGUGCCACCACGCCGACCGAACUCGACCCUCGAGAAUUGAUGGAUUUCGAAGAUGAUGACAGUGGGGUCCUGGUACUGCACGAUGGUCGAACGGUACGAAAUGGACGGAUUCUCAGUAUGGAAGCUACCGCUUCUCCUCUCUCGACGGUCACGUUUAGCUGGAUGAAUGAUUUAUUGGAAAAGGCGAAAAAGAGUCCCUUGAUGGCCGAUCAGUUGUGGGCCUUACCACUUCGAUUGCGCGCCCAGGAUAAUUACCGCUAUUUUAAACGAUUUACUAGCAAACAUCUAUUGCAUCGUCUGAUCAGGGCCAAUUUGAAGACUAUCAUUUAUCAAUUUUUUACCGCGGUCGCGGCCGUAGCAUUUCAUUAUGCCAAUGCAUUUUACUUGCUACGGUUAUUGAAUUACAUUCAAGAUCCGCAAGAUCAGCCGAAAGAAGUUGGCUACGUCUAUUGUGGUGCGAUCUUUGCCUGUAAUGUGAUUGGCACCCUGGUGGCGUCCCAAACUCUACUGUGGGGACGACGAUGGCAUGUCACUUUAUCUAAUAUGCUCAACUCGGAAAUAUAUGCGCACGCGCUGCAGUCAUCCAAUGCGAGCAAUGUGUGGAAAACCGAGACCAAACACAACGCCGAGACGGAUCCGACGACGCUGGAGAACCAGCAGGCGACCUUGAUGACGCAGGAUACAGAACGCCUAGCCGAAUUGGCCUCUUAUUUACACGUCUUUUAUACCUGUCCACUCGAGAUUGCCGUCGGAGCCAUCUUUUUAUACAAACUUCUUGGCAAUGCUUUUCUGGCGGGGUUGAGUGUAAUGGUGUUUGCCUUGCCUGCCAUACAUUACAUCAGCCGAAAAUUGACCCACGUUCAAAAACGACUGGCAGAAGCCAAAUCAUGGCGUGUUCGCUUACUGACCGAAUUGUGCAACGGCAUCAAAAUUACGAAACUCAUGGCCUGGGAACAAAAAUGGGAACAAGUGAUUACGAGUGCGAGGGACGAUGAAUUAGUAAAGCUAAUCAAAAUGUAUACUCAAAACACCAUGCUGAGUCUGAUCUGGUUCGCUGCACCGGUAUUUGUCACCACGGUUUCUUUUGCAUGGUACACACUGGUGGAAAGGAAUACACUUGAUGCAAGCACUGCGUUUGUGAGCAUUGUUGUGUUUGGUAUGCUUCGUGAUCCUCUCAACGUCAUGCCACAAGCCCUCAUGGCGUACAGCGACGCAAAGGUCAGCUUGGGUCAUAUCACCACAUUCUUAAACUCGGGAGAAAAGCACGCUGAUACCGAUUCUAGCCCUCUGAACGACCCGAGCAUAUUGUCUUACAAAUCACGCUCCAGAACAGGAUUCGACAGUGGCGUCUUUGGAUGGCCCAAUCCAAACACAUCCAAUCCAAAAAUGUCUUGUACUCCUCAUCCCUCUGGUUCUCAUUCAUUGUCACGAACCGAUCUACCACCCUCCAAUUACGGUUCAACGUCAAACCAUGGCGCGCCGUUUGCUUCCGCGGGCUUUGCAUUGAUGGUGCCAACAUUUGAUUUUCCCGAUGCGUCCCUCUCUGUCAUCGUCGGCCCAUCCAACAGCGGAAAAACUAGCUUAUUAUUCGCAUUAUUGGGAGAAUUGGUAUCAAAUCAUGGGCGUUCCUACCUUCCUUUGCGUUUUCUCAGUCCCCGUACUUCCACGAUUCGCGAUGAACACCAGCCCCAUCUUUACGCCUAUCGUGUGGCCUAUGUGGCGCAGAUCCCCUGGAUUCAGUCAGCCACCGUGCGUGAGAACAUCUUGUUUUCCGAACCUUGGGAUGAUUCCCGAUAUCGUGCUGUUCUGUACCAGUGUGAUCUAAUGAAAGACCUGGCCGCAUUCGAGAAUGGCGACUUGACAUCUGUCGACGAUGGCGGCACAUUUAUUACAGAGACGCAACGACAAAAGAUAUCAUUAGCCCGUGCAGUGUAUUCGAAAGCCAAGACAGUCAUCAUUGAUGAUAUUUUUUCCACCUUCAGUCAAGCGACGACGCGGUCUUUAUACACCAAAUGUCUGAAUGGUGAACUCAUGCAGGGACGCACGAUCAUUUUGGCAUGUCAACGGAGGGAUGCAGAAUGGUUUCAGGAUGCCAAACUGAUUGUCCACAUGGAAGCGGGUCGGGCGGACAUCUGUGAGACACCCGAAUCUAUUCUCGAAUGGAUCCAAACGAACACGGUGCCAAGCGAUCGAGACACGGUCUUGCGCAACGAUGAUCAUGUAGACGCACUAUUUGAAUGCGGGCCCGCCCUUGUCGAGGAUGAUGUAUUCGACGAACGAUCAAUCAUGCGUGAAUCUACACGUUACACCGAGGACGAUCGUGGUGGUCAUUUGCCUCAUCAAUCGCGCGAUAUGGCGUAUGCCACGUACUUUUCUGCUUGUGGUGGUUGGCGGUUUUGGAUGGCGGCCAUCGUGCUCACCAUUCUUGCCCGAUUUGCGAGUAUAUUGGAAAGUUAUUGGCUAAAGGAAGGUAACAUAGCCAGAGACAACAAUGACAACAAAGCACCCUGAUCGAAGCCUUAUACUUGUGUCUUUUUUUUUUUAUUCUCAUCUCGCAGGUGUGGUCCAUGGCCUAUGCUCAUUUGCGAAUUCUUUUCGACAAUGUCGGUUCGUCUACCGCCACCACUGCCUCCAUUGACCCUUCAAAGUCGUCAAUGAAUCAUUACAUCAUUGUG